UGCUUUUUUGUUAAUUUCAAUCAAUAUUAUCAGGAACCGAGCACAAGAAGAUGAAGUGAUGAAUUAAUUAACUUCAGCAGUAGAAUUUCCUUAUAAAAGAAAGGGAGAUAUGGCCGGGGAUGCAGCAAGCCUUCAGUCGCUAGAGCAUUUAAUGUCAGAAUUCUUCAAUGCUGUAACCAGUAAUGACAGAAAGAGACAGAUUGAGGAGAUCUUGAACCAGUUUAGUCAGACAAGGGAUUGCUGGAAACAAUGUUUGUUCUUCCUGUCAAACUCACAGAAUGAGUAUGUGAUGAUGUAUUGCCUUACUGUAUUAGAGAAUCUGAUAACAAAGCAGUGGGUAGGUUUCUCUGCAGAAGAUAAGCGGGAGAUUCGUAUGUUGUUGAAUCAGUACCUGCUGGAACACCAUACCAAGGUACCAUCAUUCAUCAGGAAUAAACUAGUCAAACUUGUGGUGGAUGUUGGCAAGAUUGACUGGCCUCACUUCUAUCCAGAUUUCUUCUCUAGUAUUUUACAGCUUGUACAACAGUCUGAGACAACUUCUUUGGGGAUCAUACUUCUGCAUACAGCGUCGGAGGAACUGGCGGUACCCAGGGAGGACCUCUCUAUGUCCAGGAAGGAGGAACUGCAUAAACUGCUUCUACAACAAGUUCCCACAAUUCUUACCUUACUCAACAAUGUAUUGGAUAUGGCCCUGGAAAGGCAUCGUCACCUUGUGAUGGCCACACCACCUCCAUCCCCUACCCAUGGGGAAUCAGGGGGCAGGAAACAACAGUCAGUUCUACUGUUCACUGAUUCACCACUCAAGUCUGAUUCUUUUAUGAAUGACAUGUUCAAGUCACCUGGAAGCCAUGUACAGAUGGAAGCCCUGCCACCAUUGGACUUUGGAACCCAGGAACUGUGUGCCCUCACUCUGAACUGCCUUUCUCACUACUUCAGUUGGAUCCCUCUGUCAUCCUUCAUCACCCCUUCUCUUCUUAGCACCAUCUUCCACUUUGCUGGUUUUGGGUGUGAAACCCAGGGAGGACGUACCAUGAAUUCCGGUGCCAGUUUCAGCUCCACAUCGUGUCAUCUUGGUAUACUUGCAAUGAACUGUAUCAAUGAACUGUUAUCUAAGAACUGUGUACCAGCAGAGUUUGAGGACUACUUAUUACAGAUGUUCCAACAAACAUUUUACCUGUUACAGAAACUGACCAAGGAUAGUAGUACAUGUUCUAGUGGAAAUAGACUGACAGAACUUGAUGAAAAUUAUGUAGAGAAGUUCACUGACUUUUUGAGGUUGUUUGUUAGUAUACAUCUACGGAGAUUUGAGUCGAGCACACAAUUUCCUGUCAUAGAAUUCCUGGCUUUACUCUUCAAAUACACUUUUAGACAGCCAUCCAAUGAAGGUUUUUACAACUGUUUAGAUAUCUGGACAACAUUUCUGGACUACUUACUAACAAAAUCCAAGGGGAGACAGGGAGAGAUACAAGCUAUAGUUUUAAGGUAUAAAGAAGCAUUGACGUCCCUGGUACGACAUAUCCUGCAGAAACUACAGUUCAAAUACAAUCAAACACAGCUGGAGGAACUUGAUGAUGAAACAUUGGAUUAUGAUGAGGAGACAGAAUGGCAACAUUUUCUACGACAAUGUCUGGAACUGAUUGCCAGAGUGGCAGAGAUACUUACUGCAGAAACCUUUCAGAUACUGUAUGAGCCAUUUCAAGAAGUGAUGGAGAUAUAUUUUGGUUUAGAGAGACAUAUUCAGUCGGCAGAUUCCAAACGUAGUUUGAACAUCCGAGGAGAGAAUGAUUGUAGACGGCUUCAUUGUUCUCUACGAGAUCUGUCCUCCCUGUUACAAGGGUUGGGGAGACUAGCUGAUCAUUUUAUAGCUGAUAAAUUUGCCGAGAGAUUUGCUGAUGGCCAGGUGCUUUUAGAGAGACUGAUACAUAUGGUUGUAUAUGGCAGUAGAGUGAAGCUGUUUGAACUGACCUCUACAGAGCAGAGUGUUCUACAGACUGAUCUGAUUGAAGUGCAUGCCCAAGCAUUAGCAGCAAUCAAACCAUUUGCUCACUGGCUGUCACAGUUCUACGCUGAGUCGCUAAACUAUCCGGAUCAGAGACAGAAAUUUACUGACCUAAUAACAACAUUGCUAGAUGCUAUCACCUGUCUGUUUGAGGAACAGAUUCCAGAUAAGAUAGCACACUCUGCUGCUCAUUUGCUACUGUCGUUAGUGACCACUGUUAGACCUAAAUUCCUACUUCAGAUACCAUGUGUGCAAAAACUCUACAACUCUGCAAGCCAGGGUGCAUUUAGGAAAGUCAACUUGGAGGUACAGGUAUUGCUGUACAGAUCUCUUAGUCUACACUUACUGUUACCCUGGAACAAUGUUCCUGAUUCAGAACAAGACUGGAGUAAUCGAGCAAGCACACACCAGAGUUUCUGCCACCAGAUGGCAGCAUCAUAUUUCCAGUUGAAAGAUACAUCUUCUUUGAUAAACAACAAGACUGCACAAGAUGCAGCCAAAUUGGUGAUCAGUAACAGUUUGAAGCUGAUGGUAGACUGGAUCGAGUGUGUGUCAGGAGAGGUGGUGAAAACAAAACAGAUCUGUUACCAGUCUAUGUCAGAGAUUGUCAGUAUCAGCCUGGCUGUUUUUCCUGUUUUUAUUCACCAACCAGAUGUUGUAGAGGAUCUGAUGACAUUUUUCCUGGCCUUGUUCCAGUCGUGUAGGGUACAGAUGGGUGUCCCAUUUACAGAACAUGCCAUACAAACAUUCAUGGGGCUGUUCAGCAAAGAGCAGUUAGCUGAAACGAUUAGGCAUGAGAGCACUGCUGCACACAGGGUGAUAGAAAAGUUUUUGAAGAUUUUACAGAUAAUUAUACAGGAGCCAGGUUCAGCGUUCAAGAGAUUCCUACCCAGUAUAAUUGAUAUAUGUAUGGAGCAUAUCUACCCUGUUAUAGCACAGCGUCCCUCGCCAGACAUGAAGCAAGUGUUGUAUGAAUUACUGCAUGAGUUCCUAAUCAACAAUUGGAGAUAUUUCUUCAAGGGUUCUGUAUUGACAAAAUUGAACAACAAGGAGGAAACUGUUGAAAAUGAAGCUCAAUUCUCAGCUAUCAUGCAGGCAUAUGGCCAGUCUUUCUUAUAAACAGAUAUAGCUGUUUUUAAACAGAAUCUAGAGUCACUAGAGAAGCUUCAUUCAAAAUGGAAACUUUUUUAAAA